GGGAGUCCAACGUGGCAGAGGCCUGCGUUCAGUUGGCUCCAGCACUCAACCGUCGACGGGUUCGUUCCGCUCCGCUCUGCUUUUUUAGCCUUUCGCUUGGCAUUCUAGUGGUAAAUCUGGGAUCCACAAAAUCUUCGGUCACGACAUCUUUUUGGUUAGCAGUGGCAUAUAGAACCUGUUUGGCCGCCUCGUGGAUUUUUUGGGGCAGCAGGUUCUCUGUUUCUGUAGUGAAUCCACUGAAAAUCCAGUGAAAAUCCCCAUCAAACAAAUCAGAGAUAAGUGAAAAUCUCACCCGCGAAACAAUAAAAUGGAUGAUCAGCACGGGAAUCUCCGAGAAAAUGGUAGAGAAACCAAUGGAAAGCAGGCCAGGAUCGUUUCGGGAUUGGAUCGCCCGCUGAAGACUCCUCCGCCAGGGGAACAAACGAGGGCGGUGAGACGUCAGGUGAUCGCUGUUAUCCUGGCCAACAUAGGUGUCUUCUCCACCGGAAUGACCUUGGCCAUGCCCACUGCCACCCUGCCUCAGCUGAAGGACGUCACGCAGCCUGUCCAUCUGAAUGAUUCACAGGCCUCCUGGUUCGCCUCGGUCAACGCUCUAUCGGCACCUCUGGGCGGUUUACUCUCCGGCUUUUUACUGGACAGAAUCGGACGAAAGAGGUCCUUGAUAGUGCUCAAUGUGCUCACUAUCCUAGCCUGGAUUCUGCUGGCCACUCCCAGUUCGAGCGACUCGGAAGCCUUCUUUUGGCAGCUCAUCGUCUCGCGAUUUAUGCUGGGUAUCGGCAUGGGAUUGGCCAGUGCUCCGCCAGGAGUGUAUGCAGCCGAGAUCAGUGUGCCCAAGACGAGGGGCAGUCUCAUACUGGGCACCUCCAUUUCAGUGGCCGGUGGCAUAACGAUUCUCUACGGAAUUGGCUACUGCAUUCGGGAUGACUUCCGGCUGAUUGCUCUGAUCUGCUGUGGCUACCAACUGGUGGCGCUGCUCUGCGUGCUGCCCCUUCCGGAAAGCCAUUGCUGGCUUCUGGCCAAAAAGCGGGUGACGGAGGCUAAGAGAUCACUGAACUACUUCCGAGGCUUCAGCAAAUCGGAUGAAAUCACCCACCCUCUGGUGCUCGAGGAAUUCCAGAUCCUGCAGAAAUCCCUGCAGCAGCGGGACGCCGAGGUGAAGGAGUCCUUCUGGCGGAGUCUCAAGGAGCCGGAGGUCCACAAGCCACUGCUCAUCCUGAUGAGUCUUUUUGCUUUCCAGCAGCUAACCGGAAUCUUUGUGGUCAUCGUGUUUGCCGUGCAAAUAUCCUCGGAGGCGGGCAUCGAAAUCGAUCCCUUCAUGUGUGCCGUGCUCAUUGGAUUGGCUCGCCUGGUCACCACCUGUCCCAUGGGAUACAUCCUGGAGUUGUGGGGUCGUCGGAGGGCAGGCAUCAUCUCCACCGUGGGCAUGUCCAUCUGCAUGUUCCUCUUGGCGGGACACAGUCAGUUGGACUUCCUGAAGGCGGUUCCUUACCUCCCGGUGGUCUCCAUCGUGGGUUUUAUAGUACUCAGCACUCUGGGCUUGUACACACUGCCCUUCUUCAUGAUCUCCGAGCUCUUCCCGCAAAGGGUCAGGGGUCCUGCUUCGGGACUCACGGUGGCCGUGGGCAUGUUCAUCUCCUUCGUGGUCCUUAAGACCUAUCCCGAUCUCAAGAAGUCCUUCGGAGUGUCCAGCUGCUUCAUCUUCUUCGGGGUCAUGGCUGUGCUGGCCCUCAUCUUCAUCUACUGGGCUCUCCCGGAGACCCGGCGUCGCACCCUUCUGGAGAUCGAGGAACAGUUCCGCUCGGGUCGCAGUCGCAAAUCUCAGAACCAGGCUGAUGUCGAAAUGAAGGAGGUUUUUGUCCGCAGGCCGGAGGAGUAAUGUUUUCGGGAAUAAAUGGGUUAAGAGAGAAAUAAAUUAACUUAAGUAGAACCCGUCGAGUGCUUAGUACUGUGAUAGACAAUAAACAAAAGCCACAAGACAAAAAAUAAAAACAA